CAUCGUUCCUACUGCGCAUGCACCCCGAGAGGAGAACCGUCGAGGUCGAAUUGUAGGAUUUCUCACUAAACAAGGUAGAAUGCCGUCCGAUUUUGAUAAGGACGCCUAUCCGGAGCCUCCUCGACAGACUCCGGUCGUGGACAAAAAGACGGCUCUGCCAAACCCAGCUCUCAUUUUGUCUAAACUCUUCUACUACUCCGUGGACUUGCCUGUCACCACAUUUAGAGAGGUUGUUGAGAGCAUUCAGGCAAAAAACAAGUCUGUCUACUACCAUCAGAAGUUCCGCCGCGUUCCCGACCUGACGCAGUGCGAAUAUGGGGAUUACCUGUGUUACUACGAAGCAGAGAUGCAGUGGAGGAGAGACUACAAAGUGGAUCAGGAGAUCGUUAAGGUGAUCCAGGAGCGAUUGCGGGCCUGCCAGCAGAGAGAAGGGCACAGCUACAAGCAGAACUGUUCUAAGGAGAUUGAACAGUUUGAUGAGGUUUCCAAAAACUACACGUCACGCUAUGGUGAUCUAGGAGCAUACGCCAGUGGCAGGAAAUGUCUCAUGAAGCAAAAAGAAAGGAUGAUGGAAGCAGCUCAGAAACAAAAUGAUUAAACGGUCCUCUUGCCUAUCCUGUGUCAUAGUUGUAAAAUAAAGUGUUUAAAUCAAUGUCUUUUUUAUUAACUAGUGUACAAACAUGCCAUCUUUUAAAGUUUCAGUAUUUUCAUUCAUAAAUAUAUAACUAAUCGAUUGCCACCGGUGUUGUGCCGAAAAAUAGCCGCCCCGCGUGAAAUGUCCCGCCUGACGGGAGUGCUUAUUUAUAACGCUUUUUGAGGUGAAAACAAAGGUUUUCAUGGACGCAUUACAGUAAUGGAUUUACGACUGUAAAAUCAGUUUUAAAUACACAAAAAACUAGUACUGUAUUUUAGUAACAAAUCUUGGACUGGGCCACAUAACCAUCUUUAAAAAGAAAUGUAUUAGUGUACAGGUUUCGACAACUAUAUCCCAAUGACAAUCACACAGGUAUAACAGUGCAAGCAGAGUAAAAUAAUGCUUAUUAACAGUACAAGUUUUAUUAGUUCAAGCAGAGAAAUAAUAUUCACAGUACAAGAUAAGCUCAGAGAAAUAUUCACGGUACAAGAAAGUAGUCUCCUUGUCCAUCGAUUGGCAAGAAAAAGUUUGUACGAGUGAUGUGUGGGCACUCCCCUCAGGGGGGACAUUUCACGCGGGACAGCUAUUUUUCGGCACAACACCGGCAGCAAUACACAUUGAUAUUGAGUGGGAGGCAUUCACUGCUAGCCCCUAGUUUAAUUUUUUGGGGAUGUCAGUGGCAUCCAGGAGUUACCCAGAAGUUUUUAUUACUAGUGACAUGCAAAAAUUUGGUCACGGUUCUUAGAAACAGCCAGUGUGCCCGUUUCUAUAACAGGAGCAACCUUUGAUUUGAGGAGACUUGUGUGUGCGCAUUUGAAUAAUUGUAACGAGUGAAGUACUACUUAUGUUCUUUUGACUAGGAGGGGCAAAUAAAUUUUGACCAGUUUAAGUGAAAUAUAAAGCCAAUUUGCAAAUAUUUACCAGUGCAUUUAAAAAAAAAGUGCAUUUGUGAAAUUGAUUACGUCAUUAUUAAAAAGCCAAGUUUUCUCAGCUAUGUGUUAAAUUGUUUAAAAAAAAAAAAAAAAAAAGCCAUACGAGCUUGAGUUCGUACAUCAUACAUUGUCAGCCAUCAGUAUCCGGGAUAAAGCCACUAUAUUUUGGGCUGUUCAUUUUGCACUUUGUGUGUUUAUCUACGAAAUGAGCAACAAACACCAUGAUGUUUUCCCCAGAACAUUUAUUUUAACAGUUCUGCUGCACAAAAAGUUUAGGAAGUUGCCGCCUGGACAGCUUGGCCUCUCGGCACUGACACUCUGGUGUGAGUCUUGGCCAGAUGGUCGGUGAACUCCUGAAACAAAUACAAUAAGCAGGCCGUUAACAUUAACUAAGUUUGAAAUUCUACUAUUCCCAUAGAUACUUGUCUUCUGGCUAAAUCUUUCAUUUAAUUGCUUAGAAAAUGAAUGUACUGAGGUGUUCCCCCUCAUUCCUGACCUGGUAAGGAGACUUGGUGAAGACAGUCUCCUUCCAGAGAUCUGGUGUAAGGUAGCUGUAAGUCUUGGAGAUGGCGUCGAAUGUAGCCUUGGCUGUUGGAGAGGGAACAGUUCAAACAUUGUUGGAAAGGUUUCACUGCAAUGUCUUGUUUAGAGAGAACAUGUUGAGCGCCAGUAAGAGGAGCAGAAGAAACCACCGCGAGUUAUUCUGCCACAAAUGACUUACAACACUCAUUUCUGUAUCUCCAGUUAACGACAACAACACCAUAGGCAAAGGUGAAGCUGAGCAGAGUAGGAGAAAACACCCAGGCAAAGCAGAGCUUUAAGAAUUAUUGUCCCAAGAGAUAAGUAAACAUUUACCAAAGUUGCCGAGGGUGGCGGUGCAGCCCCUAGCGGAGGUGUAGCAGUCGUCGAUUCCGGCCAUCAUCAGCAGUUUCUUGGGCACGGGAGCGGACACUAUACCGGUACCGCGAGGCGCUGGAAUGAGUCGCACCAGGACGGAGCCGCAGCGGCCCGUCACUUUGCAGGGCACUGUGUGGGGCUUGCCGAUCUUGUUCCCCCAGUACCCUCGUCUGACGGGCACGAUAGACAGCUUGGCCAGGA